AUGUACUACCCGAGCCGUAGCCGACCCGAAGGUUGGGUACUAGUACGAAGUUUUCGAAAAUUUGAAAUAAAAACUGUUGAUGCUGAAAGUUUAUGUAAUAAUAUUUCGAUCGAAGAAACAACUAAUAUUAUUUAUGAGAAAUUAUAUUAUAAAGAUCUUAAAUUAAAAUUAUUUAUAUUAGAAAGUUAUUUGAAUAAAUUUGUUGUCAAUGAAAAUGUUCUCUAUUCCGAUAACUUAUGCUAUUAUCUAAAACUUCGUAUAUAUUUUGAUAAAGAAAAUGGAUGA